UGUACGUCAUCAUUCCUCGCCAGGAAAACCCGAUGCUGUCUUCACGUGAAUGUAUGCUGCAUUUGUCACAUAAAACUACAAACCAAUGUAUGUAUUUCAGAUGUCAAGCGAUUAUACCAUUAACUUUUGAUUCUAAAUUACCGAACAAGAAUAUCCGCGAUGCAGUUCGCGAAGGUCGGAAACGUCGCUUUUCUCUUCAACAAACAGUUGCCAAUAACGCGCAGUGCUUCUAUUGCGCGCUGUUACGUUCCGUUAAUCUGUGGACACAUCGAUGCAAUGUUUGCGUCAGUACGCAGAAUGACAACAGCUGCCUCGCCGGCUGUGGUGAUCCGCAUACCGAAACGCAUGCAAGAACGCAUAGAAAACAUCAAACAAGUGCAAAGCAAAAGAACUAACAAGCUCCCAACAGUCAAGGCUGGCAGACUGCUGAUCAAGAGCAAGAAUCCUCAGCUAAACCAGUCUGUCGGCUAUACCCUUGGGAAAUUUGAACAGCCAGUGCUUUCCUCUAAGGGAUGGAAAAGCAAGGAAGCACUAGGGGAUUAUUUCACCAUAAACAGCAUCCAGAGCGCACCACCAUUCAUUGUGACACACAAGGGUGAGGACAAUGACACUGCCGGUCACAAGACAUUUGAAUGCUUUCAUAUUUGUCCAGAACUGGUUGAGACAUUACAGAGCCUGAAUAUAAUUCACCCCACGACAGUGCAGAUGCAAACCAUUCCUAAAAUACUGAAGAGGCAUAACAUUCUCUGUGCUGCUGAGACGGGGAGUGGUAAAACAUUGGCUUAUCUGCUUCCCAUCAUCCACAAGCUGCAGGCGGAAAAGAGGUUAGAGACGUUCACAGAUGCGGAGAGACGGAUUCAAGCUGUGGUCAUAGUCCCAUCACGGGAACUAGCGGAACAAGUAACAUCUGUGGCUCGUUCAAUAGGCCAGCGGUUUGGGCUUGUGGUCAAAGCUGUGGGUGGAGGCAGAGGUGUAGGAAACAUCAAAGCGACAUUCUCACACAGCCAACCAGAUGUGCUGGUGGCAACCCCUGGUGCCCUUCUAAAGGCCCUAUGGAAGAAAUUUGUCAGUUUGAGCGAACUGAACUUCCUAGUGAUCGAUGAAGCUGACACCAUGUUUGAUGCUAGUUUUGCAGGCAUGCUUGAGAAAAUUCUCUCCCAUACCCAGGUGGCAUCCAGGCUCUCCGAGACUGUCGGGUUCACCCGUAAAGCUCAGCUGGUUGUCGUUGGAGCUACGUUUCCUGGUGGUGUCGGUGAGAUCCUCAGCAAGGUGACGGACCUGGGCAGCAUGGUCGUUGUUAAAAGCCAGAUGCUACAUCAUCUCAUGCCACAUGUAAAGCAGACGUUUCUGAGGGUGAACGGUGCUGACAAGAUCCUGGAGCUUCAUCAGGCUUUGAAGAAGGCCGAACAGGAGCACAAGGGUGUUCUGUUGUUUUGCAACUCCGCGUCCACCGUAAACUGGCUGGGCUACACGCUGGAGGAAAUGGGCGUUUGUCACAUGAGGCUCCAGGGAGAAAUGCCUGCUGCAAUGAGAGAAGGUAUCUUCAGAAACUUUCAGAGAGGAAACGUUGAUGUUCUCAUUUGCACUGAUAUAGCUUCAAGAGGCUUAGACACACAGAGGGUUGGACUUAUCGUCAAUUAUGACUUUCCGGAAUCUCACACUGAUUAUAUCCACCGAGCAGGCCGUGUGGGGAGAGCAGGUUGCUCCGGUGGAGGAGAGGUGCUGAGCUUUGUUACCCACCGCUGGGAUGUUGAACUUGUGCAGAAAAUAGAGACAGCUGCCAGGAGAAGAACAUCUUUACCUGGGAUGGAGUCUGAAAUAAAAAAUCCCAGCCAUAAAACGGAUUUAUCAAUUGAGUAAAAGGUAGUCUAUUGCAUCAUCAACUAAUGAGCGUUACAUAAAAAUGGAAAGAUUUGAGAUAUUUGUUGUACUUGAGUCUUUAUAAUAAACCAUUUAAUAUGAAA